AUGAUUACAAGAUUUCUUCAUCUAUUUUCGCUCUUUACUUUGUCUUCUUGUGAAUAUAACGUGACAGAGAUGAUUGAAAUAACAGAACUUAGACAUUCACGUCUAACUGAUGGCAUAGGUAUCGCAAUAUCAACAUCUAGUGCCUUACGUUGUGCCGUUAAUUGCAACUCGUCGUGCAUAUCGCUAUCGUAUCACGAGGACACGAAAAGUUGUCGCAUCUUUGAUUUCCUGCUCAGUAAUGACAAUUCCCUUACAGAAAAUGGAUGGAGGUCGUACAGGAAGAAUAGGGCAAAUUGUCCAACUGACGGCGGAUACGUGUACAAUUCCUCUCUUGACUGGUGUUACCGUUUGGUUACUGAACUGAGCUAUGACAUCCCAGAGGCGACCUCCUUCUGUGACCUUGAUGGAGCACAUCUGAUCAGAAUUAACUCCAUGUCCAGACAACUACACAUGACGGAGUAUCUACUUGCUAAUGGAGUAAAUUCGAUAUAUGUUGGAGGUCGUUCUGAAGACAAGGAUAACAAUUUUGUCUAUGAGGAUGGUACACUUUUAACCUUUACAAUGUGGGAUACAAACCAGCCCUCUAACCAACGAAGCAUCAGUUUAAACUUGGCUGGAAAUAGUUACAAAUGGAGGAACGGACAUGGAACAUACCCACGUCCCUUCAUGUGUGAAAUAUAA